GGACUGAUACUUUGGGCCUUUUAUUUUCACUGUAGUUUUGGAUCUACAUUUUCCAAUCCCGUAAUAACAAAUCCCCAUCGUUUACUUUUCAAAUCAAUCUUGCGGGACAAUAUCGUAACUCCAAAGUACCAAAAAAAAUAAAAAAAUAAAUAAAACAAUAAAAGGACACUAUUUAAACCCACCUCACAAAUCCAAUUCAAUUGCACCCAAGAAUCAGACACACCAGGUGCCGGAGAAGACGACCACUCCAAUCCCCGGCUAAGCCGCUUUCAAACACCAUCGAUCCAAUUAUCCGUACUGGAUACAUACGCUAUCAACUACAUAUAUAGAGAGAGAGGAGGAGGAGAGAGAGUAACAUGGGGGCGGAGUUGAUCUACAGAGGCCACGAGACCCAACCCACAUCAGCCUCGUACACGCCGAAGCCCCACAAGCCAUGGAUUCACCCGAUUCGCUACAUCCUCCGAGAGCAACGGCUCCUCUUCGUCCUAAUCGGCAUUGCUAUCGCCACCGUCUUUUUCUCUCUCUUCCCCGCCUCCUCUCCUGACAAUCCUCACCACGGGGGACGACUCAUCCACCACAACCCGAUCUCCGACUCGCACUUCCCCGCCGAGUCAACUCAGCUAACCCACCACCACCGGUUCUUCUACCAGGACCACUUCCACGCGGGCGGGAAGGUGCCGCUGGGGCUGAAGACGAAGGGGCUGAGGAUCGUGGUCACGGGUGGGGCAGGGUUCGUGGGGAGCCACCUCGUGGACCGCCUGAUUGCGAGGGGAGACAGCGUGAUCGUAGUGGACAAUUUCUUCACGGGUCAGAAGGAAAACGUGAUGCACCAUUUCGGGAACCCGAGGUUCGAGCUGAUCCGACACGACGUCGUGGAGCCUUUGCUGCUGGAGGUGGACCAGAUCUACCACCUGGCUUGCCCUGCUUCCCCUGUCCAUUACAAGUUCAACCCCGUCAAGACCAUCAAGACAAAUGUGGUGGGGACACUGAAUAUGCUUGGGUUGGCGAAGCGGGUCGGAGCGAGGUUCUUGCUAACGAGCACCAGUGAGGUGUACGGUGAUCCUCUGCAGCAUCCUCAGGUCGAGACCUACUGGGGCAACGUCAAUCCCAUAGGUGUCCGAAGUUGCUACGACGAGGGAAAACGCACUGCUGAGACACUCACCAUGGACUACCACCGAGGUGCUGGUGUUGAGGCGAGGAUUGCCAGGAUUUUCAACACAUAUGGGCCUCGUAUGUGCAUCGAUGAUGGUCGUGUUGUUAGUAACUUUGUUGCUCAGGCCCUAAGGAAGGAGCCAUUGACGGUUUAUGGUGAUGGCCAGCAGACAAGAAGCUUCCAAUAUGUCUCCGAUUUGGUGGAGGGUCUGAUGCGGCUGAUGGAAGGAGAGCAUGUUGGCCCUUUCAAUCUUGGAAACCCCGGUGAAUUUACCAUGAUCGAACUUGCUCAGGUGGUCCAAGAGACAAUUGACCCAAAUGCGAAGAUAGAAUUCAGGCCAAACACAGAGGAUGAUCCACACAAAAGAAAGCCAGAUAUCACAAAGGCCAAAGAUUUGCUGGGUUGGGAGCCCAAGGUGUCCCUCCGCCAGGGCCUUCCCCUAAUGGUCUCAGAUUUCAGGCAACGGAUCUUUGGUGAUCAAAAAGAGGACAGUGCCACCACCAACACCAAAACGUCUUCCGGUUAAGUACGGAGGGUGUGUUUCGUGAGACAAGCAAAAAAGAAGGUUCAGGCAACUGCCCAUUCCGUUCCUUCACAUGGAUACGAUAGGGGCCAAAGCUGCAGUAGGACCCCCAUUCGUUGUUCUCUUAUUAAGUAGUUUUGAUCUCUCUCUCUCUCUCUCUCUCUCUCUCUCUUAGCAUUUACAUGUCAUUUGUAUUUUUGUAUUUUGCGACCAGAAAAGAAAGAAGUGUCUUCCCCCCACCCAUCCAAUGUGGUCAUAGUCUCUUCGACAGUAUCCAGGAAUAAUUAUAGGCCGGUCUGAAGUACAUAAACAGUAUGACUGGCUGGCAGUAGAAAAUUCAUUAUGGUAAUUCAAAAGUUUUAGCAGGCUUA